AAUAUAUCGCGUGACAGCAUACCCUAACGUGUCUAUUCAUAUUUCAAGAGCAAACAUUUCUUGCAAUUAGAAUUACUCAUGUUUUUGCUUCAAAUACGACUAAGCUAGCUAAUUUUGCCUGCUGGUUUGAACGGAUUUGAAACAAUAAUAUCCAUGGGACAAAGAGUGUAUUUCAUUUUUAGUCGUCCAAAAUACGAACUGCCUGAAAAGUAUAUAUACAUAUAUGUAAUCCCAAUCGAAGCACCAUGCAUGCCUAAAAUUACCUACAAGUUUUAUUUAGAAACUGAACGUGUUGAUAGAGAAACAACAAAUCUCAGAUAGAGAUUCCGGAUACUGUCAGUAUAGAUUUCAAGUUAUUUAACUGCAUGAUCAGGAUUUCCAUACACCUGCAGAAACCUGAAGCCAUAGACCAUGAGCACCGGGAACUGUCAGCUGAUGCACUGUGACACGCCUUCCAGCACAGAAAGUGAUACGUGGUCCUCACUGUUCGUGAGUCGGGUGAGCACGGAGCAGAAGUCCUUACUGUUCGUGAAGCGGCUGGUGGCUGUGGUCGUGUCGUCCGUGACUUACCUUCGGGGGCUCUUCCCGGAGACAGCAUAUGAAGAUAAAGUCCUGGAUGGGCUGACCUUGAAAAUUCUCUCAGCUGACCCGAAGUUUUAUGCUGCAAAAGUUCUCUAUCGCUGCCUCAUGGGGGCGUUUGAAGCCAUUGAGAAAAGAUACGUCGAUGAGCUGCGCCUGGUUAUCUACGACGACAUGAGCAACCCCGAGUGCCUGCGAGAGACGUACACAAUGAAGUUCGCGUACGCCGAGGUCGAGGGGGUGUGCGGUGUGACUUACUUGGCCACCUCGACACCGCAGCGGACGCUCGUCGACCUCAAAGGUUCGACGGGGAAAUUGCUGAGAACGUUGCUCGUCCUGACGCAGUCGCUGGAGGAGCUUCCGGAUCGGGUGUACGCGGCGCUCCAUCUCACCUAUCGGGAGGAGACGCCUCUCGACUACGAGCCGCCGUUGUUCUGGGCACUUCCCGAGGAGCCGAUCUUCCCGCAGGAUGCAGUCCGGGUGAAGGUAGGAGCGGUAAAGACACUGCAUCACAAAAUAAGCGUGAGGAUUAAGACAAGCGACCACAUCUUGACAGUUCCUCACCCGCAAGCUGAGGUCAGCAGCUCUGCCUUUGUCGGCAGCCAGCCACUAGUCCUGUGCUCAGAGGAGCCCCUGUCGCCGGCGGAACCUUCCCUCAGACGCCAAACACAUAAGUCGCGUGAGAUGGCCGCCCGUUCCAUGAUACCAAAACCAUUCUCCGGACGCAACGCAGACCAGAAGUUAGAACAUUCUUCAGAGCUUCGGAAGAACCUCGGUGAAGACCUGGAUACCCGAGAUCUGAGGGGUGUUCGUCGUCAUAAGGGCCAUUGUAGCAUCUGCAAUUCCCAACACCACGCGUUCUGUUUCACGACGGCGCAAUCACCGGGCGGCUACGGUGAGCGCACAGGCAGCCACAACGGACUUCUAGGAUGUGACCGCAUGGAGCUCCUUGCUUCAUCACAGCUGACCGAGAUUGCCUUGAAGCCUUCAGUGAAAGAGCUGCUGAGGACGCCCAUCAAUAGUCCAGUAAUGGCCUCCCGUUUGGGCUACGUCGGCGCCUCAUCGUCACCCAGCCUUCGUUGCGCCGUCGAUUGCGCUCAAAGGAGCCAAGGCAUUUCCCGCCAUGUGUGCGAGGGCGCGGGCGUUCCGUUGAAUGGGCAGAACAGGGACGCAAGAACCGAGGGCAUCGUGGGACGGGACAGCGACCCUGGCUGCCGACCCGACGGAGACACCGCGCCAGAGAAAAACUACGCCCUCCAGUUCGGACUUGAUGGAAACCGAGGCGGCGAACUUGAGGGCACAGGGAAGGCAGAGGAAGGACGGCGUGGAAAAUGGAGACCCGGACUUUCCUGCAAGAGAUUCAAGCGGCAGAAAGCAGGCCGGCCGAGAGAGCUGAUGGCGGACGAGGCCAAGGCGCAGCAGGGGGGAAGGGAGACGGAGGGACACUUGGGGCGUCCACCCAGGAAAACGGCGAUGGCUGACCCGCCAGAAACGCCGGCAUGAAGCGAGGGGAAGAAAAGGCUCGCAGCUCAUCCGCAGCCGAAGAAAUUAAGCGACGUCUCGGAUUACAGAAGGUGUGGCCCCUUUGGAUCGAGGAGAAACGGAGGAAUUUUCUUAAACAGUGCCAUACCUUUUGCCUUCCUGUGGCAGUUGUAUUUUCGUGGAAUGAGAGUACGAACGGUGGAUUUUCAGGAUCACGCAAGUUUUGCAUUCACGUAUAUUUCCUCCUUUGUUUUUGUUUUUGUUUAUUUUCCAGUGUUUGUUGGGAGGAUAAGCAAAUAGAAAAGUAAAUGAUUGGUAGCAAUAAAGGCAAAUGUUAUGAUGUAAUUGGCAGUGAUUGGUAGGAGACUGGCUGACCAGGAAACUUUGUGGUAAAUGUUCAUAAUUAAAAGAAACUUAAAAAGCCUUUUUUCUUAUCAACAUUUUUGGCGAGUAAAAAGACAUUAUGGUUAUGAGAUUUUAUUAGAAAAAUAUACAAUUUUACAAAAAUCAUAUUCACGAUCAAAUACUAUUUUCUAAAAAAAA